AGGCAUGCCGGUAGCGAGGCGCAAAUGAUUCCAACAUUGACAUGGUAAGCACUGACGUAAAAUCUGGUGGUGGGCGCAAAGUGAGGUGAAAUGCCGCCAACAGAGCGGAUACUCCGGACCUCGAGCGGGUCUAGAAGACGAUCGGCUUUCAGCAUGGUGUUGAGGGCGCAUGCACGUUUCGUUUCUCCAGCCGGUGAGCUCAUAGCACAACGAAGCAGUGGACAUAGCGGGCUGGCGCUGAACGGAGUUCAGCUAUUUCUGUGUCCGCCAUUGGGCAGCAACGCUGUGUAUAUGCUGUGUUGAUAGCCCACGACGCUGUACAAAGCACGAGCGCUUCCGCCUCCACGUACUACAGCGAUGCGCUGGCCGUCGUUUUGGCGAUGUGAUUCCAAAAUGCUUCCACUGGGCGGUACUCGGCUGC